GACCUGGGAGAGUUUUCAUGUAGCUUGCUGUGGGCAUGAUAUGGCGUUUAUGGAUGGUGGGCUCAGGAGGCGGCUGUCCCGGUAGAUCAUGUCACAUCACGUGACUGGCAGAGGAAAAAAGGGGGUUCAAAGAAGUUCGGACAUCCCUUUGGAUCCUCAAUUUCUCUGCAAAAAUGGAUUUGGAAUUUGUCUACAAUCACGCCAUAUUUCAAGGUCUCCGUAUAUCGUUCUAGAUCCAAUGGUCGUUCGAGUUAGAGCGAGGAGUACGGAGUCAGAUAAAAGAAAGCUUCGAACUGCGAUCAGCUUUCUUUCCUUUCUUUUUCCUUUUUCUUCCCUCUUAUGCUGGGAAUCUGCAGCAGGCCUGCCUUGAUUUUUAUUUUUGUAACAGGCUUCUUGAGGCUCGUUUUCCUCUGGACCUCACAUAUUUUCAGGGAGAUAUCUGC